UGUAUUCGAUGUGUCUGAUAGUACUCUCUUCAGUAUACAACUAAAUAAAAUUACAAUGACAAGACGAGUCUUUUUAGCCCUUGUUUACGUUAUUCUUAUGAUUAAAUUAGUAACACCUUGUAAUAAAGCUUUAAUUAAGACAAAAGUUGUUGCUGCUUGCGGUAUGCAUAAGAGGAGUAUGCUGACAGAUGACAUAAAUGAUUUAAUACCAUUAUCUAAAAGAUUAUCAAAUAAUUUGGAUUAUGCUGAACGACAGUAUAAAAUAUUAGUUGAAAAUGAUGAGGACGUCGACGAUGAUGAUUUGAAUUCCGAUGCGCUUGCUGAAGGCAAAAAAGUUGAAAUCUCUAAAGCUGCAAGUAUUAGUUCAAAACGGCCAGAUCACUUGUCUUAUUUCAAUAUUUAUAUGGAUCGCACUGAGAAACCAAUUGUUCAUAUGGACAAUGAUCGGCUAACGUUCAACCAAAAGCGGUCAAUUCAAAAUUUAGUAGAAGAGUGCUGCCGUAGGCCUGUGGAAUGCAGUGAAGCAGAUUUUCGAGAAAUAUGUGACAAGAAAUAAUUAUUAUACCUUAACGUUCAAUUUUUUCAAUAACUUAAUUAUUAUAAAUUAAUGACUUUUUACCAAAUAAAAAAUAUAGAUAGUUUUUCCAAAAAAUA